GAAAGAGAAACAAAAAAUAUGAGAGGUACAGACAGUAAUCCUUUUGAAACCAAAACAUUACAAAACAUCUUCCUCCCACGCCUCGCGACAACAGCAGACAAAUUUAUGGGGUUUUUUUUUUUUUUUUUUUAUAAUAAAUAAAUUGGUUUAACUCACAAAAUCAUAAAUUUACUAUCGACUCCCACGAGUAUAACUAAUUCCUCUCUCCCCUAUAUAAACCCCACAUCUCCUUAUCCCCCAACCGCCAUUACCAACAAACCAUACUCACAAAACCAACCAAAUUCCCCCAAAAAGAUUACUCUUUUUUUCUUUAAUCAUCAUUCACCUCGAAAAUGAUGCAUUACCAGGCAGAGCGCUCAUGGGACUACUACAUGCCGGCGACGGCAGCGAGAGACCCAGUGGACCGGGUGGUCCGGCUGGCGGCGGGGAGCGCAGUGGUGAUAUUCAGCGUGAGCAGCUGCUGCAUGUGCCACGCCCUGAAGCGGCUGCUGUGCGGAAUGGGAGUGAGCUCAACGGUGUACGAGCUGGACCACGACCCCAGAGGAAAAGAAAUUGAAAGGGCUUUGAUGAGGCUCGUCGGAGCCGCCUCGCCGCCGGUGCCCGUCGUCUUUAUUGGCGGGAAGCUGGUGGGGUCCAUGGACAGAGUUAUGGCUUCUCAUAUCAAUGGCAGUUUGGUCCCUCUUCUCAAGGAAGCUGGGGCCUUGUGGCUUUAGAUCUAACUUUAUUCAACAGCAAUGCCCUUUUUUUUUUCUUUUCAAUUUUUUGUUUUUUUGCUCUCUCUUUCUCCAUAUAUGUUUAAAGUUUACCCAAGAUUUUAGAGCUUUCUGCUGCUUAAUGCAUCUAAACUUUUGACAGUCCAU